UUUUUAGGUAUUGCGAUGGAGGUGGAGAAGAAGGAUGAGACAGAGACUGAUGAAUCGGAGCAAGUGGUGAACCCAUGGGAAGUAUCUGCUAAAGUCGGAGAGAAGAUAGAUUACGAAAAGAUUAUUAAAGAAUUUGGCUGCAAAAGGAUCGACCAGUCACUGAUCGAUCGUGUUGAAAGACUGACUUGUCGUCAGCCACACGUUUUCCUCCGCCGUGUGUACUGGUCAACUUUGUGUGUAUACAGUACUCUGUAUGAAAAUGUGGCCAAGAUUUCACCAUGCGUAACAGAUAAUAAGGCUAGAUCAAUAUUUGGCUUAACCGGUGAAGAUCAUAUCGGGAAACGUACACUUUUUCCCUGCAGUGCAGGCAGCUCCCACAUUUGUUCUCGGGAAUGGACGAGCUCCGUUGCUUGA